CGCCUCCGUCACUUCCGAUUCCGGGCGGCAGGCGCGGCGGGAUGACGCACGCCUCGCCCCGCCCCUCCUUCCCGGCCGCACUUUCGGCCCGCACGGCGCACGCGCGCGACUUGAGCUGUCGCGGGAAGCCGCCGAGGACUUCGGGACGGGUGGAGGCGGGCGGCAUGGAGAAACGCGGGCGAGGCGCGAAGCCGUCCCCGAGCCCGGCACCGCAGCUGCAGCCGACACCGCCGCCGCCUCGGAGGGAGAGGAAGCCCAGCAUGUUCGAGAGGGAGGCAUACACACAGAUUUUGAAAGAAAGACUGAGAGACUCGAUUCAUGAUGUUCAGUAUGUAGAGCCUCCAUUCGAUGAUUCAAUUGUUGACUUGGGUAAAGAGUGGAAGAGUGCCCUGGCAAAAUUAAAGUUCGCUAAUUCAUACAGAAUGGAGCCACUGAAAAAAUUCCAAGCUCAUUCAGUAGAAACUAAAGUCCAGCAGAUACUAACAGAAAAUCUUAAAGAUGUCAAAUACGAUGAUAAAGUCUUCUCUCGCUUGUCACUUGACUUAGCAGACCGCAUCUUGUCAGCAGUGAAAGAAUUUGGGUACCACCGUUACAAGUUCAUUAUAAAAGUAUUAUUUAUCCAGAAGACUGGUCAGGCAAUACAUAUUGCCAGCAGAUGGAUCUGGGAUGUCGCAUGGGACAGCUGGGUUGCGGCGAAACACGAAACGGAAACGUACGUCGCCUUGGCCCUGGUGUUUGCUCUCUUCUGUGAAUAGCUUGUCACAGUGGCCGCUUCCCCGGGAGCCUGCAGAAGCCACUGGAAUGCCCUUCUGAACCAAUUUGCCAGUGACUCAAGGACGAAUCACAUCAGCCAUGACGGAGAUGUUUGCUUCAGCUGCUAGAGAAAGCUGCGCAUCCGCGAUGGGACAUCUGAGAGAGCUCCAUGUCCAUCUGACUUCUCGAAGCUUUUCACAGCGAGUUAGUGACCUUCCUCUGCAGGCCUCACAGCACUCCUCUCUUUCCCCAGCUUCUCCUCCAGGUGCAUUUUGAGUCUCUUAAGAAGGACUUGGCUUGUCCCCACAGAAGAGUCCCUGUUCUCUGAAAGGGAGGUACACGCAGAACAUCCCCCCAAAGGAGCCGUAAGACCAAAGAAAGAGGCUAAGUCCAGCUUGAGGAGAAAUGGCUGGUUAAGGGGACCUGCGGACAGAAGCGCAUCUUGGGCAGCAGUGAAGGCUAGAUCUCUACACGCCCACCUUCCUUAAGACCCACUUUUUUGGCCCUGGAGGGUAGGCGUACCUGCGGGGGACCGGCGAUGGGGGAGAAUGGAUAGGAAUCAUUGUGUGUCAGAGUCCGAGCUCCAGGGCAGGGCAAGCAGGUGAGGCCCCGAGUGUAUGCCUCAUUAAGGGUGCACUCAAGCAGAAGGAUGGCCACAGAGUGGCCACCGUGGUGGGUUUGUCCAAGAUGACCUGGUCUGGUCCCCACACACCCUACCUACCACAGCCCCUCGAGCAGACGCUAUUCUUCCUCUCUGUCCCGGACACAGCCAGUCUGGCCUUCAGUGCCCCAGCAACUGGCAAAGCCUCUGUGUGCAUUCAUGCCUCUUCACGCCCGCGUGCCGCUGCUGCCCACGGCCCCUGGCUGGUUCCUUCUCCUCACCUGAAGACAAGAGCUAGGGGACCCCAGGCCCCAUCUCUACUGACUCCUGCCACCAUUCUUUGUGCCUUCAAUGUGCACACAGAAAGCUGUCCAGUGAGGCAGUCCCUACGCGGGCACUGCUCUGUUAUGAACAAACUUGGAUGGCCACAGUCUUGUCUCGAAACACCAGUCCCCCAGAAGCAGGACUCAAAUUUCAGCUGUUCUGUUGCACUGACUGAGGAAGUACAUCGAACGCAGACCUCACAGCUAGUGCCCAACCAGCCACAGCUCGUCGCACCGAUGGCCCUCACGCAGCCUGGGCCUCCUCGCCAAGCCCGUCAGUGACAGGUUGCUGCACCUGGUUACUCCUGCCUUGGGCCUCAGCACAGACAGCAAGGAGUGUAACUGUAUUGCCUCCUUGCCUCCCAGCGACAGACCCACAGGGUGUUUUACAAAAAUGGACCGUAAAAAGAGCGUUCCUUUUUACAUUAAAAUUUUGUUUUAUAAAAUGUGCCAAAAAAGUUGAAAGUGCAUCAGAGAAAUAAAUGAGGAGCUGACAAUGAAAUUGGAUGUGAUUAGGAAAUUUGAAAAUGACGAGAGUGAAGCCCAGACGAUGACCUCAGCCUGCAUGAAGGUCCUGCCCAACAAGGAGAGGAAGCACGGUAACGCUGGGUCCACAUCUAACUGUUUGCGUUGACAAGACUUUCUUCAACUGUGGAUAGAAGAUGGUACUAAUAAUGACAGAUCCCAGUGGGUCUGGCUAGCAUUCAGGCCAAGUGUUGGCAUCACUUGUCACUUCGAAAGAAAACUGUUAUUACAGAGAGAAUGAAAACCAAGUUCACUGCAAUCAAGUCUGGUUGUGUCCUUUUGAAGGCCCACAGAGCUGGUUAGUGUCGAGCUCUGGUUAAGGUGCUGGGCCAGGCCAGGGCACUGCUGGGAACCCUGCAUCCGGGUCACACAGAUCAGUUUGAGCAGGUGACUGACAAAGGGUGAAGGGACACUGAUAACAACUUCACGUUAAGGACACUUGGAGGUAUUGUAUGACAUUGAAAAUACAAAACAUCAGAUGUUGGGAGGAGGAGGACAAUUUAUCAAGGCACAAAAGGUGAGUGAUGGCAGGAGAAAGCAAGUUCAAACUACUCCUGGCAAAGUGUUUACACAGAAAUAAAGCACGAAUUCUCAUGUUUUUCGUAUUUAUAGUUUACUAAAUAUUAGUUUUACAAUUUAAAAAAUUCUCUAUACAUUUACAAUUGGCAGUAAGGGAGUUUUAUACGUUUUACCAAAAGUUUUGGGUGAUGAGGGAGCAGGAGGCUGGUUGAAAACAAAGCAAAAGCUGGCACCUUGCACCCCUCUCCACUGGCUCCCCUUGGUAAUAUGUGUCACAUUCCUCAGGCACCCCCGACUGCCAGAAACAAAUAGUUAACUUGCAGAGAUCACAAUCCUGCAAGGCAGGAGUCUCUCUUGGUUUACAAAUGUCCUUGAGAUUUA